AUGUGCGGCGAUCUGCGGGACCUUGUGAUCGCAGAACAGUUCAUCAACGGCUGUCAUUUAAAGCUGGCUGUGUUCCUCAAGGAGCGGAGUUGCAAUACACUUCCCUUGAUGGCCGCGGCAGCGGAUAAGCUCAUGGAAGCGCACAGGCAAGACAAUCUGGCUCACUUCAAAGAGGACCAUAGCCAGAGGAAUAAUGAUUUAAAGAGUGACCUGCCAAGUAUCAACCAAGAAACAAAAAUCAGGUGUUUCUUGUGCGGCAGAGUUGGUCACCGAGCGACCGAUUGCGUGUCCAGAACAGAACAGCGACACCUAGUAUGUCAAGUUAGUCAGAGAUCGGGACACGAUGCCAAAGCAUGCUUUCAGCGGAAGGGCGGAAAAACUCAGCUCUCAUGCUUUAUGGUACCUGAAUCUGGAAGUACAGGAUGCGAGUGUGAAGAAAGUCACUUGCAUAACGAUGAAACGCACGGUGUGGAGCAUAUCAACGAAGCACUCGUGACUGUGGUGUGCGAUAAAAUGGAGCAACAACCAAAGAGACGCAUGCCAGUAGAACAAGGACUACUAGACGGACAACCCGCUAAGGUGUUACGAGAUACUGGCUGCAACGCCGUUAUCGUACGGAGAAAGUUGGUUGGUCCUCAGCGCCUGACGGGCAAACAACGCAAAGUGGUCCUAGUAGACGAAACAUGCAGGUUGUUUCCAGAAGCAAUCGUUAGAAUUGAGUCGCCAUACUUUACUAGAGAGGUAGUAGCAAAAUGUAUGGACGAGCCACUUUAUGAUGUAAUUAUUGGCAACGUUCAGGGAGCCAAGGAGGUAUUAGACCUCGAUCCAAACGGGAGAAGUGGGGAUGAGGAUGAUGCAGCAAAGAUCUUGCAACUGGACAGGAACAUACUCGCCGCACUGAAGAGCCAUGUUCCUGCAACUCCAAAUCCCACACCCAGCGUCGGGAUUGAAGAUGUCACGAAAGGCGUCAUUGAAAGAGAACAGUUAAAAGACACGUCAUUAGAUAUCUGCCGCGGAAGGAUUGCCGACACUCACGUGACAAAAGGGGGCAACACCUACAAUUUUCAUUUAGGCGAGGGAGUUCUCUUCCGCAGUUGCCUCCUCACAAACGGGAAGGAGUUCCGCCAAGUGGUGGUCCCCAGAACGUUGCGCCACCAUAUCCUCAGUCUGGCUCAUGAUAUCGUAAUGGCAGGCCACCAGAGUAUCAAGCGUACGAGUGACAGAGUCCUAGAAUCCUUUUAUUGGCCCGGAGUCUUAGCAGAUGUUAAGCGGUUUGUGCGUUCGUGUGACCUGUGCCAGAGAACGAUUCCUAAAGGAAUGGUGUCGAACGCACCUAUGGGGUGCAUGCCCAUCAUUGAGACACCUUUCGAACGAGUUUCUAUCGACCUCAUUGGACCGCUGUCGCCCACUUCUAAGAAUGAGAAUCAGUUCAUACUCACCCUAGUGGAUUUUGCGACUGGAUACCCAGAGGCCGUCGCCCUACCGUCCACUGACUCAGAGACAGUAGCGGAAGGGUUAAUCGAAAUUUUGUCCAGAGUGGGUCUACCAAGUGAGAUUAUUUCUGACAAGGCUACGAGCUUUACCUCGGAGUUGAUGAAUGAGGUAACGGAGCUGCUCUCGAUCAAGCACUUAUUGUCUGCCCCUUACCAUUCCAAGUGCAAUGGUCUGGUCGAAUACUAUCACGGUACGCUCAGGCCAAUGCUGAAAAAGAUGUGCGAAGAGAAACCUCAGUCUUGGGAUGAAUACUUGGCUCCGGUGCUCUUGGCCUAUCGCGAAGCACCACAGGCGAGUAUAGGUUUUUCUCCUUUUGAGUUGAUUUAUGGACGACACGGACGAGGCCCAUUGUCGGUUCUGAAAGAAAUCUGGACGGAAGUAACAAUCAGCCCGGAGCUGAAGACGACAUAUUGCUACGUCUUAGAGCUACAUAGUCGGUUAGAGCAAACAAUUGAAUUAACUCACCAGAAGCUGGGGGAAACACAACAGAGUCAAAAGCGACAUGAUGACCGCAACGCGAGAGGCCGACAAUCAAAAGUAGGAGAUCGGGCCCUGAACUUGCUACCUACCAGCCAUAACAAAUUGCUUAUGCAAUGGAAAGGUCCCUUUCCCGUGGUCGAAAAGAAAAGCGAGGUCGACUACAAGUUAAAUUUAGGUCAUACAAUGUUUUUCAUAUAA